UAUAAGGACAGUGGGCAGCGUGAUAACGAGGGACAGUGAGUGGUCCCGCAGCAAUAAGAAGAAACUCUCAUACACACACAAACUCGCCACUUUGAGUUUCUCAUCCAGGAGCAAGGAAGAUUGAGCUAUGCUAAGAGUUCAUUCUGGUUGGUAAGGUGCGAGUAGCGAAGGAUUCUGUAAGGUGGCAGGUGUGGACGUGAGGAGUGAGGCAGCAGGUGCGGGCGUGAGGAGUGAAGCAACAUGAAUGGUGAGCGCCUACUGUUGAUGGUGAUGGUUGCAGUCUGCCUUGAUUAUGCUGCUUCAGAGAAAGACUGGUGGAAUAUGAAUGAGAGAAUCAGGAAUGAGGUGCUGAAGAACUAUGACAAGCGCGUCCUGCCUGAGCGCAAUCACAAUGGCACCACACAGGUCUAUUUCGACUUUGUGGUGCGAGGCUUGUUGUUCGACGAGACCACCCAGGUCCUCCACCUCAACUUGUGGGUUCUCAUGUUCUGGCAUGACCCAAGACUGUCGUGGGACCCCAAGGACUACGGCGGGCUGCAUGAAGUUCACUUUCAGGAGGAUGAGCUAUGGAAACCCGACAUAACUGUCUACAACAAUGCAGAGACGUCGGAGAUAGACCACUACGCCAACACACAUAUGUUGGUAUUUCAUGGCGACGUUUUAUGGGUCCCGCCCGCACGUAUUGCCGUCGACUGCCCCAUGGACAUCACCUAUUGGCCCUACGACACACAGUCCUGUGAUGUUUACUUCGGGUCCUGGACUACUCACGGCUGGCAGGUCGAACUCAGUUACCCAAACUUCACAAGGAAGAUGACGGAUUUUUUCAACCUGAAGAAGUCAUAUCACUGGCGGAUUGUUAGCGGGGUCCUCCGGCGGUUGGACUUCAAGUACAAGUGCUGCCCGGAGCCCUACUUCACCAUGCACGCCGCCUUCAACAUCACCCGCGUGUCUCCCUCCUUUGCCUCCACUGUCAUCGUCCCUGCCUGUGUGGUAUCGGUCACAACACUGGUUCAAUUCCUGCUGCCCCUGACCCACCCCAGGCGGCUCUUGGUAGGGUGCACGGCCCUCCUCCUCACCCUCCUACAGCUCCUUUAUCUCGCCUACGCCAUCCCACCCCUUGGCACCUCCCUCCCCAUCAUCGUCAAGUUCUACGGGCAGACGCUGGCGGUGGUGGUGACGAGUGUGGUGAUAAGUGCGGGACUCAUUCGCCUGACUGAUGGUCCUCACCUUUCUAAUCCACCCCCACUCACCCUUAAGAAAGUACUCACUGGACCACUGGCCACUAUCCUCUGUCUACGGCAGUACACUGAUAAGGUUGGUCUGAGUGGGGGAGGGGGGGAGGACGGGGAGGUGCUGGAGGAGGUUCGCCCCGCCUCUUACCUCCAUGAGUGGAUCCUCGUCGCCGCCUCCGUCGACCGCCUCGCUGCUCUCACCUUCAUCGCCACCUUCGUCAUCACCCUCAUCGCCUACGUCGCCAGAGAGACUUGGAUCGUCUACGAAAGAAUCAAUCGUGGGAAGGAACGCGGGAGAAAGAUGGUGUGGCAGUUGGUGGUGAUGGCAGCGCUGACAGCAGCCACCAGCGUCUUUGCAGGGGAUACAGUCUGGAAAAAGGAGGACAAGCUGCGUGAAGACCUGCUAAAAAACUACAGCAAACACUCCCUCCCUCACCGCACCGUCAACGGCACGACCACUGCUUACUUCGGCUUCCAGGUUAUGGCCGUGUGGUUUGAGGAAGGCAAAGAGAUAUUGAAUGUCAACGCCUGGAGCAGAAUGGUUUGGCACGACCCGCAUUUAGUCUGGGACACCAAACAAUACGACGGGAUUAAUGUGUUGCACGUACAUUACCAAACGAUAUGGAAACCAGAGAUCUACCUCUAUAACAACGCGGACCUGUCAUCGGUGAACCACUUCUCGGGGACCAAGGCGCUGGUGUACUCAACAGGGGAGGUGCUGUGGGUGCCCCCGUCCCUCUUCAAAGCUCUCUGCCCAUUAGACUACACGUACUGGCCCUACGAGACUCAGACCUGUGAUCUUUUCUUCGGUGCCUGGACCUACAACGGCUGGCAGGUCGACUUACAGCUUUAUCAUAAUCAGUCUUCAGUGUUGGCAGGUAACAACAAGUUAUCCCGCUCAUGGAUGAUGGUGAGCGGCAAAAUCCAAAAACAUGUAAUACAAUACAAGGACAUGCCGCCCUACAGCCUCCUCCAAGUGAGCCUUGUCUUAACCAGGACCUCCCCCUCCUUCACCAGCACCGUCGUCCUUCCUGCCUGUGUGAUCUCGGUGUUGACGCUGGUACAGUUCGUGCUGCCCCUGCGGGAGCCGCGAAGACUGACGCUAGGGUGCAUGAGUCUGCUCCUGACCCUGCUGUUGCUGCUCUACCUGGCCACCAUCAUCCCGCCCACCGCCACUUCCCUCCCUAUUAUUGUCAAGUUCUACGGACAGACGCUAGUGGUGGUGGUGGUGAGUGUGUGUGUUAGUGCCAGCCUCCUGCGUUUGACUGACAGCCGCCACCCUGCGUCCACCGCGCCACCACCGACACUCCUCAAGACCAUCCUCACUGGACCACUCGGCACCAUCCUUUUCCUACAACGCUACACCGACAAGGUUGGUCUGAGCGGGGGAGGGGGGGAGGACGGGGAGGUGCUGGAGGAAGCUCGCCCCGCCUCUUACCUCCAUGAGUGGAUCCUCGUCGCAGCCGCCGUCGACCGCCUCGCUGCUCUCACCUUCGUCGCCACCUUCGUCAUCACCCUCAUCGCCUACGUCUCCAGAGUCUAAUAAACUUUACUCAGAUCUGAAAUACAAAAAAAAAGAACAAUGACAUGAAUAAGUGAAAACCUGUAAGUGUUCGCCACUAAGUGUACUCCACCCAUUGUUUUGUUACGAGUGACCAUAUUGUCAUUAAUAUUAAAUAUAUUCUACUUCUUCCCAUUUUUUAGUUUAAUAAUCUUUCUUGUUGUGAAUGGGUCGUCACAAUUUUGGCAAAAUCAUGUUGUCUAAAUUGUUGGUUUUAAUCUCUCCUAGGAGUACCAACACAGUAGAAAUAAAGGGAAGUAUCACAUACACUACGUUUACAAUAUUAAGUAUACAUGAAGUAGAUCAAAUAAAUAUAUAAAUUAUGAUAAAGUGAACCAGUCAAUUUUAUCUCUGUGAGGGCAGUAGCAGCACUGUACUGAGUUAUGUUUCGUGCGUGUUUUGUCAACCUUACCAUGAUAAUUAUUUCUGAUUUCUUUCAUCAUAUUAAUGUGUCAUGUCUCACCAACAUCUCUCUGCGGGAAAAAGAUUACCGACACACAGACGUCCUCCAUCCUAGCGCCUAUCCUCCCCAUGCAACAUAGAGUUCAGGCAAGAGAAGGCUUCAGUCAACCAAACACACAUUUCCGAGAUGUGACGUCAUAAGCCCAUGAUUUUUCCCACAAUGUUUGCCCAUAUAAGCCCCAGUCGGCCUGCUCCUGCGGCACUGUCUCUAGUACUCCACACUCACUCUCUCAGGGGUACUCUCUGCUCUCCCUCUCUCUUUCGACAGCCUGUGCGUGUGUGUAAUUACUCGCGAUUUCUACGGUGCCCGUCUCUACCUAGCGUCUGUCUCCCUUACGUGCUACCUAAGACUUAAAAAACUGUACUCCAUUAUGUGAACAGUUAUUAUUAUAUCUCAUUUAUUAGUUAUAUCAGGCCCCAGAUCCUUCGUACUUUUUGACCGCCAUUAUACGGGACCACCACAGUGCUCUUAUCCUUAUAUCUAUUUUGUCAUCAUUUACUCAUUUAAAUUCUUGUUCAUCUGGCUCUACCUGGCGUGAGACUGGUGUCUGGUCCUGACCCGGCCUAUCCAGUUCAUGACAUUUGUAUACAUGUAUAAAUUAAUGAUAAUUAUAAGAAAAUAACUGUU